AUGAACACAGAGAAAGCUCAAAAAUGUGCUGAGGAAUUUGCGUUGAAUCAUGUUGCUGGUUUAUUUCAACGUCCAGAUCAGCUCGAAAAGUUAGAAGUGCUCAAGAAGCGGGCUGAGCGCAAAAAGGUACUAUAAUGUAAUGAUAAACUUUAAUUUUUCAUCAGUUCGUGAAGGAACAUCUUUCAUUUCGAAGACUCGGACUUAUUAUAAUAAAGUUCAACAGAAAAAAUAAAGCUUAGGUUUUGAAUGUUUUGAUAUAAACUUAUAUCUUCAAGUAUUGUCAAUUUAGGCGGCAGUAGAAGCAAUGUUAAGGACGGGAGUCCAAUCCCAGCUUGAGGGUAUUCGAACGGCGAUGAAUCAUUUACAGUCAGCUAGCGGAGACAUUGGACUAAUAGAAAAAGAGUGAGUUUUUGGGAAUUUGUAGUGUUUUGGUGUUUAGGGUCUUCAACGAGUUUUUUUAAAUACCUUUAACUUUGUUACCUAAAAAUUAAAUUUUCUUUUAAUAUUCUCAUAAAACCUGUGUUACAGUAUGCACGAAGUCCUGAAGCGUCUCCAAACGAUUCCAGCGCUCAAAGGCCGGUUAAGCAAGUUGGCUGAAGCCAAUAUGAUCCAUUCACAAUAUGCGGCUGCCAUGGAUAACCUAAAGCAUAUUUUCAAUAUAAAUGACACAAUCGAAACUACUCAUACGCAUAUAAUGGAUGGUCGAUUGUUAUAUGCCCAUAAGAACAUAAUGGAGCUGGAGAAUGCUCGGGACGACUUGAUGAAUGAAGUACACAAACUUCAGACAGACAGAAGGGAAUACGAUAUUAAUGUAGGUUUUGGAUUUGGGUAUUGAAUUGGAGUUUUUGAAAUUUUAGGUAAUAAUUUUAAGAAAUGUUAUCUUUUUGGAAGUUCUUAAAGUUUUAGGUAACAAAUUUAAAAGUUUGUGAGUUUAAUUUUCAGUUACUAAAGAACUACUUUGCCGAGGUCGACAAGUUAGUAGAAGAACUCGGCAAACACGUAUUUUACCUCUGCAAACGAGCACUGGAAGCAGUACGAGGAGAGAAUGCAGGGCCACAACAAUUAGUGACAGCCUUAAGAAUCAUCGAACGAGAGCAAAGAAUUGAUGAUUAUUAUAAGAAGCAACUACAAGCCAAUCCAUCCUCGUUUCUACCGCCAGGACGGCCGAGACAAUGGCGGAAGAAGCUGUUUGACAGUCUGAAGAGUACGGUAAAGGAGAGAAUUGAAGGUAAUCAGUUGGAGGAACGAAUCAACAACAAACAAUGGCUAGUACGAUACUUGGAAGUGUGCAGACGUACUGUAAUUCAGGAUUUGAAUGUGGUCAAAAGUGCAUUGGUACCAUGCUUCCCUCCACACUAUAUGAUUUACGACCGGUAUAUUCAUAUGUACCAUGAUUGUUUGAGUAGCAGGGUAGGUUUUUUUUUUCAUUUUUGUAGAUCAAAGGGGCAGCUAGGUGAAAGUAUGGUAGGGUAUAUGUUAGGCUUAAGUACACCUUUUAGUCUUAGCAGGCAAUUUUAGACUUACGCAAUUUAGGCUUAGGUACACACUUUAGGCUUACGCAAUUAAGGCUUAUUUACACAUUUUAGGCUUACGUAAUUUUAGGCUUAUUUACACGUUUUAGGCUUACGCAAUUUAGGCUUAGGUGCACAUUUUAGGCUUACGCAAUUUUAGGCUUUUUUACACGUGUUAGGCUUACGCAAUUUAGGCUUAGGUACACAUUUUAGGAUUAGCAGGCAAUUUUAGGCUUACGCAAUUUAGGCUUAGGUACUCAUUUUAAGCUUAAAUCAUGUUUGAUUUUAGGUAAGAGAGGUGGCUCAAGAAGAUUUGGAGAAGAACGAGCUAGUCCAACUGCUAAACUGGAUCAAAUCUUAUGGAUCGACGGAAAUGUUAGGCAAUCCGAAGCUAGGAAUCGAAAUAAACGAGCUACUGAAGGAGAAGCCGCUAUUACCACGGUCGACUACCGACCAGCUGUAUGACAAAUUUGUGGAAAUUACCCAAAAAGACAUGACAGCAUGGUUGGAGAAGGCAAUUCAAGGAGAAGCAGACGAAUGGAGAAAAGAACCAAUAAGUGAGAAAGAUCAGCCAGACAUUGAUGAAGACAGUCAGGGAUGUUAUUAUACACAACUGCCUAGUAUUUUGUUCGGGAUGGUCGAGGAUCAGGUAAAUUUUUAAUAAAAAAAUUGGUUAUUUUUAACUUUUUUUACAUCAUUUUGUUUUUCUUUACCCCACUGUACUCUACUUUACAGUACCCUACCCUACUCUAUCUUACUCUGUCCUACUCGACCCUGGAGCUCGUUGAACUUUUUAUUAGGUGCCAACAUAAAGAACCCGCCAUACUUUUCCUGUAAUUUUCUGUAAAAAAUGGCUGGUUCUUUAUGUCGGCACCUAGUACUGUACGAAAUACGCCUAGAAAUUUAUGAUAAAUAUUUGUGCGGGAUUAUGUAACAGAUACUGUAACAAGAUAGCCUUAGAGAAAUUGUCAGAAAUGGUAUUGCGCAACACUUUCUUACGUAAUUUUGCAAUUUUAUGUAAUAUUUGCCUCGAUGUAAAACGACCCAACAAAUUACUGCGAGUAAUGGGAAAUAUCAAAAAAUUACUGCGAGGGCUGAGAAAUAUCAGCAAAUUCAUGCGAGUGCUGGGAUUGCCUUCAUUUUUCAGUACGGAACUACUUUUUUUAUUUGCCAUAUUAUUUUAGUCAUUAGAUGUAAGGUUUGUUAUGUUAAAACGGCAUUACUAAGCUUAGGCUUUUAAGUUUAAGCUUGCUAAGGCAAAGAUGGCAGGCUUUUAAGUCCACUGAAGCUGGGAUGCUUAAACCUACUAAGCUUAACCUUCUGACAUUAGACAUAGGAAACGGGCCGGGCCGACUCGGCCGGGACUGAACAAAAUUUAGGUCGGGACUGGCCUGGAAAUCUCACAAAAGCCCGGCCUGUUUGCACGUAAAGAAAUUCGGGCCGGGCCCCAUCAAAACUCAGAUCGGGCCGGGCCUAAAAAGUGGGCCUGGCUCGGUUCGUUUUCCAUGUCUAUCUGCCAUUCUCUUUCUUCUCUUAGCGGCGUCUUAGGUGUAAAUUUUAGGUAUAUAUCGUAUUUUUUAGGUAUCACUGGCAAAGCAAAUCACAUCAGAUAUUGUACCAAGGAUUAUCGAAGCAUCGGUGGACUGUUUUCUGCAAUCUGCUACAAGGUACAAGGAAAUGUUAUCGGACUAUAAAAAUGAACAUUUUGGAGAAAGUCGACGACACAGGUUCUUUACUCAACAUAUUGUAAGCUUUUUUGAUAUUUUGGGUAUUAAACAUUAAAAAGGUUGCGUUUUUAGCAAAAAUUUUUGAAAAAUCUUUAUUUUAAUGAAGAUUAAGUUAAAUAAAAAAAAAUUAAAUCUUUAUUUUUAGGUUUUACUAGCUUAGGCUUAAGUUUAAAUUUUUGAACUUUUUCAGAUUGCCACUGCCAAUAACAUGGACAUAUGCAACGAAUGUACGGACAAAUGGGAGAUCCACAUUCGCCUCAACAUGGAAGGCAUAUCGGACAUUCCCGACACUCCGACUUCUCCACGAUCGCUUUCUGGAAUCUGCUACGUGAAUCGAAAAGAAUUGAUCGAAAAAAUCGGAAAACUGAAGGAACGAUGGCAGUUUGUAAUGCAACAUGCCAUCGGAAUACUCAUGGAAGAGCUGAACAAUGACAUUUCCAAACAUCUCGAUGUAUUAUUCAGUAAACAAUGGCUUAGAGGCAGUACGGACUUGGGUACAAUAACAUGUACUAUUCAGGACUAUUACAAUGACUACAGACAUCUGAGGACCCACAUCAGAUUGACAUUGAUAAAGGAAAUUGCGUACAAGAUAUUAGGGGAAUAUUUGAUGGCUAUUGAGUCGAGGAGAUUGACCUUCUCGACCUACGAAGACCGGUCGAGAGCUUCAGAUCAGUUGAAGAUGGAUUCUAGAAUGAUCGAGGAUUUUCUGCAUAAAUUACCGGGAAUUGAGUUUGAUGUAAGUUGUACUAUCUUGGCUUAUUUCUUAUUUUGCUCUGCUUUUACUGCUACCCUUACUUUUGUUCUGACCUUAUCAUUGCUUCUGUAAAGUAUGGUACUAUUAGUACUAUACUUCACUUGAUCCUAUCAUAUCAAGCUGAUUUAUGUUUAAUUUCAGUACCCAGGUCUUCUCACUGUCCUUCCAGCAAUGGCUGACAUCCUGGCUCUAAGUGACAAGACUAUAUUGUUGUUGGAAACCAGCUCUUUCGUGAGAAAGUUCCCAGAUGUUCAACCAGAACUAUUAUCAUCAUUGCUAAGUCUAAGAGAGGAUCUAACUCGACAAGAAGCAAAAAACCUUGCCGAAUCAGCCCUGAACAAUAUAAGACAUCAGCCGAAAGGAAGCGACCAGUCGAUGGUCAAGUUGUUCCAGUGUGUCAAGUCUGACGGUCGGAAAACGUUGCCAGCGUUAGAGGAGACCAUGCAUAAUAUGUUCGCUACUCUGGUCAUGACUGCCAAUAAGGUCGAACGAUAG